AUGACACUGUAUCUCAAGUACAGCGUAGCUUUGGGAAAUAUUUAUACCCAAGGCUCUUGCCUCGAGAAUUUCCAAAAUCAUCAAGAGCAUCGGUUGACAAUUCAGUCUACGGGGGUGCCAUUUGCUAAAUCCUGGAUAGGCGAGCUGCAACUCGGCACCGUGGAUGCCAUUGUGGCUGCCCUCCUGGCAUCCAUGCCAAAUUUGACGACUUUGUAUCUCGGUCCAAACUUUACCAUCAAGAGCCGGCUUUGGGGAGGCGUGCUUCAAUGCGCCCUUUGCCAGCCAAAAGAAUACCAGUUGCCUACCCUUACGCAGCUCCGUCAUGUCACGUCCGAGUACAGGGCCAAAGAAUGGCACCACCGCGAUACCACCAACACGGCCGACGUCCUUCCCUUCUUUUACCUCCCCAACGUUGAGCACCUGUCCGUUUCUAUUGACAACCCAGCUCAAUUCGCGUGGCCUUCAGAUCCGCCCGCCCCGUCGUCACUAGUGUCCCUGGAUCUGUAUAGGCUGCGAGAAUCGCGACUGGCCCCCAUCCUCUCCGUCCUUAGGGGACUCCAGAAGCUACACUGGAACUGGCUAUACCAGCCAGAUCUCGAUGAAAACGUUAGUCAAGAUGUCGUUGAACUUGAUACGGCAGCUGCUGCACUCGGCCACGUCCGAGAUACGCUUACAGACCUGACGAUCCGGACCAUAACACGCCCUAGAAUAUCAGUCGGCGAUUACGACCCUCCCUCGUUAGAAAUUCAACCCUCCUUAGACGGCAUUUCUAGCUUUAAUAAGCUUAUAAGAUUAUGCGUCCCUUGGGUCUUCUUGAUGGGGUUUUCGCCAUCCUUGAGUAGGAAACUUUGA